UGACAAGGGUGUGAUUGUGUAGCGUGACAGACAGGUGUUGAGACCUGAGCUGAAGUGAGAGUUUUCCAUCAAGUCAAAGAGGUUUCUGUGGAGGUGAAAUUCCAAAAUGAGCGCUUUCAAAACUGGCAAGACUUCUCUUCUAAAAGACAACAGCUGGAUCAGAAAACCAGAUGAUGAGGAUGAAAUUGUUGACCGAGAUCCAAACUUUGCCAGAAGUGUUCUAGGCCGAUACAAAUCCAAUGAAAAUCUUGCGAGCUCAGAGCCUGAAGAAGAAAAACCCACCAAAACAACCAGCACAUCUACAUCUGUGCAAGCGCUCAGCAAGAGGUUCGGUGCAAACCAGAACGACGUGAAGACCAGCCCUCUUCCUUCCACUAAGACCACCUACACUAAAAGUACAUAUUCAUCUGUGAAGGCAGAUUCGCCCACCAUCACCACCACAACCAAGACUACUGUGACAGAGUAUCCAAAGACAAGCACCAAAACAACCACAGUCACCAAGGAUGGAUCAACCACUGAGACCUCCAUUACCACCACCCAAAGCGUCAAGUCUCCUGUGACUAAAACUCCAAUCAACUCUGGGACAUUCUCUGAGCGGGUCAGGACUUCCAGCAAAGGGCAAGAAUACCAACCCUACUCACCUACCUUAACGACACCCAAAGUGACGGAGACAACUGUUACCACCACCAAAGAUACGGAGGACAAACUUUCCAACUUGAACCUCCGCUCAUCCAUCCAGGAUGAUCUGUCACCCAAAGACAGCAAAACAACUAUCUCCACAACUAAGACUGUGACAGUGAAAAGCAGCACAGACACAAAUGCUCAAGACCAACUCUAUGAUACACUCAUUCCCAGUUCAAUCAAGGAUGAUGACAGCAAAUCACUUGUGUCCACUACUAAGACUGUGACAGUGAAAAGCAGCUAUGAUGAUGAGGUUUUCAAAACUACAACCCCCACAAAGACUUCCUUUAAAGCUGAGGAUCAACUGUAUGACACCCUGCUGCCCAGUUCCAUCAGAUCUGAUUCCUCUCCCUCAAUCAGCAGCUCAAGCAUCAAAAAGACAGAGACGGUCACUGUGGAGAGCAGCAGAGGAGGAGAAAGCCCCUCUCUGAUGUCACCAUCCUCUACCCGCAGCCUCUCCAGCUACAGUUCAUACUCAAGUGAUAUACCCUCCACUCGCACCACCUCCUACACCAUAACUACCAGUGAUGACUAUAACAGCAACCGUAACACUUACACUUACUCCAGACCAGACUCCAGUUAUGAGUACACCAGUAUCACAAGUCCCUCUGUCUACACUUCUACAUCAUACAGGAGCCGCAGCAGAUCAGAUGAUAUUCUGUCAGAUCCAAUCUACUCAAAGUCCUCUGUGAAGAGUUCGUAUGCCGCUCCUGAAAGGACAGUGCUGGAGAAAGACCUGUGCACAAUCUGCCGCAAGCCCUUCACUGGUGAUGCCAAGAUGGUCCUGGAUGACAUGAAUAUGAAAUGCCAUGCUUCCUGCUUUAAAUGUGAGGUGUGUAACAUUACUCUGGGUAAUCUGAAAGCUGGGGACAGCUUGUGGAUUUACAAGCGCAUGGUACACUGUGAGAACUGCUUUGAGGUCACCAAAGAAAAAUGGCGGCGCUGAUGCUCCAAAAAUACUUCAUGGAUUAUUGAUUAUCAGCUUUGGGUGUCAUGGGAUCUCCUGGACUUGCAUUACAAUGAGCUGACAAAUCUUUAUCUGGGUGUUCUGUGAAAUGACAGUUACAUUUUAAUAACGUGAAUGCAGUAUAUAAUAAAAUAUAUAGUAGCUGUGUUGCCUUGAUAUUGGUGUUUCUAUGUCUACCUCUAUACAACAUAUCAGCUCUUAUUGUCUUUGGGUUGCAUUUUGUAGGGAAACUCUUCUUUCUAAUAUGAAACAUUGCAAUAUUGAGGGCCGGGGGCUUUUUCUUUGUGCAAUAAAAGCUAUAAAGUGUCUUUAUCUAAUAAAAUAAAAAAUAUUCAACUUCU